AUGGCGUCUUCUUCAAAUUCAUCGAUUCACAAUAGCUUUAAGUAUGAUGUGUUUUUGAACUUCGGAGGUAAAGACACACGCAACAACUUCAUCGAUCAUAUUUAUUAUGCUCUUCAGCAAAAAAGCAUUUACACUUACACGGACGACAAGAGAAUCAAGAAAGGGGAAAGGAUCAGUGAUGAGCUCUUAGGAUCCAUUGAAGACUCAAAAUUCUACAUCAUUGUAUUCUCAGAGAACUAUGCAUCUUCGUCAUGGUGCUUGGAUGAGCAGUUGAAGAUAAUAGAAUGUCAGAAGAUAACCGAGCAUACAACUUACCCUGUCUUCUAUGACGUGGAACCCUCAGAAGUCCGCAAACAGAGUGGAGCAGUUAGAGAAGCCUUUGCCAAACAUGGAAACAAAGAGGUUGCUGGAAAAUGGAGAGAGGCUCUGAAAGAAGCUGCAAAUAUGGUCAGGUGGGAGUUGAAGAACAUUGCUGAUGGGGUUUCUUUAAAAUACAGACAUGAAGCUAAAUUUAUCCAAAAAAUUGUUGAAGAGCUUUCAUUAGAAUUACGUGAUGGGUUUUAG